AUGAAAUAUUUAGUGAUAUUCGUAUUUAUUUUAAAUAUUUGUUCUGAAAGUUUUGCUGCCGAAUACUCAGGAAUAUUUAAAGAUCCAGCAUAUCCGGGAAAAUGUGUAUAUGAGAAUUUAGUUUUGGCUGCUGGUGAGGAGGCUAAAUUGCCCCAAGAAUGCGGAGUGAUUUUUUGCGAGAAUGACAGUUUUGCCACUGUACAAACUUGUGGUGUAAUGAUACCUCCAUCAGGUUGUAAAUUUACAGAUUUUAUAAAUAUAAAUGACCCAUAUCCAGAAUGCUGUGAAAAGAAACUUGUGUGUUAUUAA